AUGGCAUCAGUUGUACCAGUGAAGGACGAGACGCUUCUGGAGGUCAAACUAGGGGAGCUGCCAAGGUGGAUCUUGAUGUGGGACUUCAGCCCUAAUGGCACUGCUGGAGCGUUUCGAAGAGGUUACUACUGGUACUACAACAAGUACAUCAACAUGAAGAAGGGGAGCAUCUCAGGGUUUACCACGGUGCUGGCAGCCUACAUGCUCUUCAUCUACUGCCUUUCCUACAAUGAGCUCAAGCACGAGUGGCUACGCAAGUACCCUGAAGAAGACACACUCUGUACUCCCCCAACAACCUUCUUGGCCAGAGCCCCUCCAUAA